AUGGACAUGACCUCUUACCGCACGAUCUUCACCUCCCCUCCACCGGUGAAAACGCCAUACAAAGCUGAGGAAGCAUUAGGCGACUUGCCAGGGGUCACCUACGCGUUGGACUUGUUCCUUGCCAGCCAUAUGCACGAGUCGGAAGACUACUGCAACGAAAGCGACCCGAAAAAGGAACGGUUGUACUUUGCGACGGGUUAUGGACUCAUCCAAUGCGUCAAGGGACUCAUGUCCUACAGCGACGAGGAUCUUCUCGACGCUAUCAAGCAUACCAAGCAGGGGAAUCACAUUGCUCAACAACAUCGAAAGCGUCAGCCGUACCUAGCCUCGCGCCUUGCGGGAUACGUUGUCUCGAGCCUAAACACAACGGGUGUCGGGUUUGUGAAGACGAUGACGGAUGUGGAAAGACACGCCGAGCUUGUCUACGCUGAGAGUCUGUUUGAAAAGGCCCUUCUGGGGAUCGUCUACUCUGGGGAUUGGCUUGCAUUUGUAAAGGAAGCCCUCAACAUGCGCACUCUCAUUCACAUCUACCGCAACCUUUACAAGUAUAUUCUUGCUGUUGACGCUGAAUACGCCGCCGAGCUUGCAGCCAAGUCUCCCAACGACAAAUCAACCACAGCAGACUCACGCUGGGGCCCCGAAUCCCCCAAGAUCGACCCUCAUUUCCGUUCAGGUGUCUAUUUGGGUGCUGGCAUGAGCUCACUCAUCAUUUCGCUCCUGCCCGGCCGCCUGCUCAAUAUAAUCGAACUGUUCGGUUAUGCGGGUGACCGAGAAGAGGCUCUCGAGAUUCUAUAUCGGGCUGGAGGCUGGGGAAGGGCAUCGAAAUAUCAUGCGGAGGAGAACCGGCAUACCUACGAAGAAACGCCGCCGACAAUGUCCACUGAGCAGGAGGGCGUUCGGAGAGCCAUAUGCGACAUGGCAUUGCUCAUCUUCCACCUCGUCUUAUCUUCCUUCACAUUUGACGGCGUUGAUGUACCUAUGGCUUCCCGCAUUGUUGCCUGGAACCUCAAGCGCUAUCCGGACGGCGUUUUUUUCCUGUUUGGUGCUGGUAGACUUGCUUUGGUACGAUCCCAGCCUCAACAAGCCAUCGCCUAUUACACAAAGGCUAUGGAGGUUCAAACACAGUACCGUAAUCUUCAUCAUAUAUCGUUUUGGGAGAUGGCAAUAGCGCAUUUGGCUCUUGGGGAUGCCGCGGCCAGUCUGCGCUGCUGGAGGGAUCUGGAGAAGGAGGCGACAUGGAGCAAGUCGAUAUACACUUACGGUGUUGCGGUAUGCCUCCUCGCCAGUGGUUCAGAGGGCGACGAGAAAGGUCGUUUGGAAGAAGCUCGCAAGCUCAUGGAACGGGUUCCAGGCUUGAGACAGAAGAUCGCAGGGAAGAGCAUUCCGCUUGAGAAAUUCGUUGCUCGGAAAGCGCGCAAGUUUGUUGAACAAGGCAACCAUUUGGCCCUUGCCGCACUGGAGAUCUCCUAUGUCUUCCUCGCUAUUGCCCAUGCUCCCAGGCGAGUGGUUGAGGGGAAGAUGCUGCCAGAGGUCGAGCAACUACUGUCGGAACUAAAUCAACCGAAUGCCGAGAAGACGUACCAUACUGGAGAUAAAAGGAGGGCUUAUUGGGAUGACUACUGCCUUGCACGCUUCUUGGAGGGCGUGUGUUUGAGGUACAUCGCUUUCCCGGACCCGGAUGCAAUUGUGGAACCGGCAACCGAAUCCGUUGUCCGGAUAACGAAGGACGAUGCUGCAGCCCGCUCCAAGGCAGCCUUCCAAGCAGUAUUUGACCAAGGGCCCAAGAUCGAGCUGGACCAUCACUUGGUCUACCAUGCACACUACGAGUAUGGGCGGCUUGUAGCAUGUCUCGGAGAUGAGGUUGAAGCAAAGAGGCAAUUUGACCUGGUGCUUUCUGGCAAGCAUCUAGAAGUCGGCCCAUCCGGACGCAAGGGUAAAUAUAGUAUGGAGAAUGCAUUGCAAAUGCGGACGAAUGCGGCAGUGGAUGCCUUACACCAGAAGAGGCUGUAG